AUGGAGCAGAGAAGAAGGCGAGGAAGAAUAAACGGAUACAACAACAAUAUCUAUCUGCUCUUGUUCUUCUUCUUAGUCUUCGCUUCAAGAACCGGCACAAGCGCAAGUUGUCGGCGAAGAACUGUGAAACACUUAUCCACGACUCCAGCUUCAUCAACACCACUCGAGUCUAGAAUCACUUCCAAGGUUAUCGUUAUUAGCAUCGUAUCAGGGAUUUUAACCGGGUUGGUCUCGGCCUUAGUGUUGGCUUUCUUGGUCCGUUGCAUUGUCAAAUACAUGAAACAGACGCCGAUUCUCAAAGGUCCUGUGGUGUUUUCCCCAAAGAUUACACCUAAAUCUCUCCACGCCGCUCUCGGCAAUGGUAUCCAGUUGCUUGGCUCAGAUCCUAACGGGAAAUACUACAAGAUGGUGCUAGAUAACGGUCUAGUGGUUGCAGUCAAGAGGCUAGGCUCGCUUGAAGGAAAUGGCUCACCAGAAGCAACUAGUAGUAGCAAGUCGGUUAAGAGAAGGUUGCAGAAGGAGCUUGAGCUUCUUGCUGGGUUAAGGCAUAGGAACCUUAUGAGUUUAAGAGCUUACGUUCGCGAAUCAGAUGAGUUCUCUCUUGUCUAUGAUUACAUGCCGAAUGGUAGUCUCGAGGAUGUGAUGAGUAAGGUUAGAGCGAAAGAGGUAGAGCUUGGAUGGGAGAUUAGGCUUAGAGUUGCAGUUGGAAUUGUGAAAGGGCUUCAGUAUCUUCAUUUCAGCUGUGAGCAACAGAUUCUUCAUUACAACUUGAAACCUACAAAUGUGAUGUUGGAUUCUGAGUUUGAGCCUCGCCUUGCUGAUUGCGGAUUGGCUAAGAUCAUGCCUAGUUCAAACACAGGGGUGUCUUGCUACUCUGCUCCUGAGUCUUCUCAAAGCAACAGAUACACAGACAAAAGCGACAUAUUCAGCUUUGGGAUGAUACUAGGUGUUCUUUUAACCGGAAAAGACCCGACCCAUCCUUUAUGUGGAGAGGCUGCAGGCGGAGGCAGCUUAGGACAGUGGCUGAAGCACUUGCAGCAAUCCGGGGAAGCACGAGAAGCAUUAGAUAAGAGUAUUCUUGGAGAGGAAGUGGAGGAAGACGAGAUGUUAAUGGCUCUACGAAUCACCAUUAUCUGCCUUUCUGAUUUCCCGGCAGACCGGCCUUCUAGUGAUGAGCUUGUCCACAUGCUUACACAACUGCACAGUUUUUAG